AUUAUAUACACUUUGUCAUCCGCACUUACAGUCUCAUUCCAUCAUAUUUCUAACUUUCUGUUCCUUCUGGUCGGAGAAAUACGCGAUGGGUUCGCCGAGCGAGAUCCAGACCGGCGCCAUAGAAUCCGAGGAGGAAUCCUACUUGUUCGCCAUGCAACUGGCUAGCGCCUCGGUGCUUCCCAUGGUGCUCAAAUCGGCCAUCGAGCUCGACCUGCUGGAGACCAUGGCCAAGGCCGGCCCCGAUGCUUUCGUCUCGCCGGCGGACCUCGCCGCCCAGAUUCCGGCCACGAACCCGGACGCGGCGGUGGUGUUGGACCGGAUUCUUCGGCUUCUGGCGAGCUACUCGGUGCUGAAAUGCAGUCUCCGGAGCCUGCCGGACGGGAGGGUGGAGCGGCUCUACGGGCUGGCGCCGGUGUGCAAGUUCUUGACGAAGAACGCCGACGGCGUGUCGAUGGCUCCUCUGUUGCUGAUGAACCAAGAUAAGGUCCUGAUGGAGAGCUGGUACCAUUUGAAAGAUGCAGUUCUAGAGGGUGGAAUUGCAUUCAACAAGGCCUAUGGCAUGACCGCAUUCGACUACCAUGGCACCGACCCAAGAUUCAACAAGGUCUUCAACCAGGGCAUGUCCAACCACUCCACAAUCACCAUGAAGGAAAUCCUCGAAACUUAUCAAGGCUUUAACGGCCUCACCACCCUCGUUGACGUUGGCGGAGGCACCGGCGCCACCCUCAACAUGAUCAUCUCUAAGUACCCCAACAUCAAGGGAAUCAACUUCGAUCUACCCCAUGUUAUCGACGAUGCUCCAUCUUAUCCAGGCGUUGAGCACGUCGGCGGCGACAUGUUUGUUAGUGUGCCAACAGGGGAUGCCAUUUUCAUGAAGUGGAUAUGCCACGACUGGAGCGACGAACACUGCUUGAAGUUCUUGAAGAAUUGCUACGAUGCGUUGCCGGACGCCGGGAAGGUGAUCCUCGCCGAAUGCAUUCUUCCGGUGGCCCCGGACGGCAGCCUCGCCACGAAGAAUGUCAUCCACAUUGAUGUGAUCAUGCUGGCUCACAACCCCGGCGGCAAGGAGAGGACGGAAAAGGAGUUCGAGGCGUUGGCAAAGGGCGCCGGAUUCCAAGGCUUCCGCGUUAUGUGCCGCGCUGUCAAUACCUAUAUCAUGGAGUUUCUCAAAAAGGCUUGAUUUUUCUUCUUCAAUCGGCGUAUAGAUAACCAUCAUUUGCAUAUUUGCUUGUGGUUUUUGAGUUCCUGAUUUCAAGGAUAUGUUCCCUCAAACUCGAUGUGUAAUAAUAAAGGUUCACUUCUUCUUCGACUGUUA